UCAAUGGAUGUUUUAGAAGGAGCAGGCAUUGAAAACAUAUCUGAUAACCAAAAGGCAGCAUAUGCUCUGAGCCGGACAAUUGAAAAGACUGACUUUGCAGAUAUGAAGAUUUUGGGUCAAUUCAAUCUUGGAUUUAUAAUAGUUUCUCUGAGAAAUGAUCUUUUUAUUGUUGAUCAACAUGCUUCAGAUGAGAAAUACAACUUUGAAACUCUUCAAAAAGAAACGACUAUCCAAUGCCAAAGAUUGAUCAGACCUCAAAUACCUUCUUUGACUGCUGCAGACGAGCUUGUAGUAAUGGAGAAUAUUGACAUAUUGAGGGCUAAUGGGUUUGAACUCGAGAUCCAUCCGGAAAAUUUACCUACGGAUCGGAUUCGAAUAAUUGCCCAACCUAUGAACAAAAGUGUGUUGUUUGACCAGCAAGGUAUGAUUGAACUGAUUUACCUUCUCGAUGACCGGCCUGGAGAAAUGGUUAGAUGUAGCCGAACAAGAAAGAUAUUUGCAUCGAGAGCUUGCCGAAGCUCUGUUAUGAUUGGAGAUAGUCUGACAAAGAAGAAGAUGAUCAAGAUUGUACAAAAUAUGGGAACAAUCAGUCAACCUUGGAAUUGCCCGCACGGUCGCCCUACAAUGCGACAUCUUUUGACACUAUCAGAUAUU